AUGAGGACGGUUGGGUUGUUCUGUAUCAUUCUUCUCAUUGGACUCGCCGCCGGCUUCGAAGGAAACUUGACGAAAGAAGUACGUCAAGUCGAUGGAGACGCCCCAGUUACUAUGCGCCAAGCCGAAAUGACAAGCAAUGGAGUUCGCCAAGUUUACCCAGCAUCUCUUGUUGGUUACUACGCUUGGACAUGGCCAUACACACCCACACCUGGCCUUUAUAGCGCGACCAUGUCUGUCGCUUUUAGCGGAUUCACAAAUGCCCGGACAGCGUUGGAUAGGAGCAAGAAGGUGUAUCGCACGCUGAAAGGGGAUAAGUACAUCGCGUUUGGAGGGGGAACCGAACCAGGAAGAUUCACACGAGCCGGCAUUGCUAGCAUUAAUGCGGUAAUCUCCGGUGGACUUCUAUCCGGCUAUUCCGGAAUUGUGUACGACGUUGAGGCGGGGGACAGUGGUCUUCGUGGUGAUUUUGCCAGAUCGUUUGCUCUGGCUAAAUCGUAUGACUUUUCAGUUGUCGUGACGGUGAGCCACUCCGCACCGUACGGAAUCGAGGAUGCUGGCACCCUGAUGGACUCGUUCUUAUCUUCACGCAACAUCGACUACAUCUCCCCGCAGCUGUACACGGGCGGAACGGAAUUCUCAAACGAUUACAGCAUUUCCAGCGGGUAUGGAUGGUACAAGUACCAGAAUUCCUACCCACGCGUGGUGGUCUCCAUCGUUCAAGCUAGGCUCUACGAUGAUGCCUUCAAAUAUUUCAGGAACAUCCGGAUUCCGUUGAGUGGGUACAUCCAAUGGGCGCAGUGAUAUUUUAGCGAUACGCCUCUGAGGUUAAUGUAGCAGCCCUUCACUUCCUUUCCGUGCACACCGUAAUGUCACAAUGCAAUGCGGGCAAUUACAGUUUAUGCACAUAAUCCGCACCCCCUAGGAUAGGAUAUUCCGUAAGAUGCGUAGCGUCGUACAGUACCCUUGGUACAGUGUGUUUGUUGCUUUUAGGUUCUGAUCCAGUCGAUCAGCCUUUUGUAAACGGCGAUAGAAAAGAAA